AUUGCGUGCCAUCGCAAGGAGUUAAAGUUCGGGAAAAGGUUUCUACGAGAGGACUAUUAAUUGAAACCUUAAUUCUAGAGGCAACGCUUACCAAGGAUAACCCCAAAGUCAUAACGAAAUAUCUUAUAUCCCGCCUAAAUUUCUUAAACUGUUCGAUAGGGAGAUAA